AUGAGGAGUGUAAUCGUCCUGGAUGAUCAGAAAGAAAGGUCGAAUCCUCUGAUCGCGGCUCAAAGCUUGGAGUACAAGAUCAGCAACGUUGGGAAUAGACCAUUGGAAAGUGGACCGUUCGGCUACGUGAGUAUCUUACCUGGUGCAUUCUCUGCGUAUCUCUGUAGAGCCAUCAUGGGUCGCCCUCUCGAGCAGUACUUCCACGGCAUUCAGACUAUCGAGGGCAAGAACAUUUUCGAGAAGUACAUGUUCUUUGCAGGUGAUCGCAUCUUCUGUUUCGAAUUGGUGGCCAGUGGCAAAGGCUGA